AUGAAAUUUAUAAAGAAAUGUUUGAAAUAUUAAAGGCUUCAAUUAUAAUAUUUAAUUGGACAUACAUAGGUAGCUUUAGAAUAAGAAAAUAAAAUAUUUUGGACAGUAUGUGAAUUCAUUAGAAUGUUUUAAACAAUUGCCUUAGUUUUACUCUAUAAACAUAUCAUUCGAAUGCUUAAUACUAACAUUGAAAUUGAUAAACCAUCUUCUAGUUUAGAUAAGGUUGAACUAUUAUGUAGAAUAACUAUGCCUACUAUUUUGAUAUAAGAAUAUUUGUCCUUGGAACAAAUUAUUUAUUUCUAAUUAAUAUUUUUAGCAUCUCUAUUUUUAAUGUUGCUUAUUAAUGUAGUAGCAUUAAGAUUAGAGUAUAUACAUUUUAAACAAAUUAAAUUUUAGAAUAAAAAGACAUUUAAUAAAGUAGAUGGAAACAGUUUUUGUAAUUUAUUAAAUUAUUUUUUAGAAUCACUCAAUCUUUUGAAUAGUACAUAUAAUAAUAAUGAUUUUACAGAACAUUUUCUAUUAAAAUAAUUAAUGGGCACAGAUAAUGGAUCACUAAUAGAAUUAUAAUUACUUCGAACAUCAAUUUUAACGAACUAUUUCACACAUAUUAUGUUCCUUCCUUAAAUUUAUUGGGUGGCUAUAAUUUUUUAUAGAAUUCAUAAUCAAACCAAUUACUCAAUAGGAUUAUUUAUUUUAAACUUUACACUUAAUUCAAUCUAAUUACUUUUUCUUAUAAUCUUAGAAACAUUAUCUUUAUACAUGUAAUAAUCGUACAGACUUAAAGAUACUAAUUAUUUAAGAUUAAGAGUCACUACUUCCUUUAAAAUAGGUUAAAUGUUAAGAAUUAUUCCGACUCUAAUUUAUUUUGGUGUCCUCUAUAUUGUAGAUCCUAUUACAAUAUAUAAUGAUUUAGUUUUUGAGCAAACCUUAUCAUGCUUUGGAAUACUAAAUUUAAUAUUCGACCUAUAAGAUUAAUCUUUCAAUAUUCCAUUCGUCUAACCAUAUAAAAUAUAUGUAUUUCAUUUAGCAUUUUCAUUGGCUUUUUGUUUGUCAUUUUUUAAAUUGAUUCAAUUACAUAUUAAUGACAUAAUAACUUUAUCUUUGAUGUUAUCACCUUGUAUGUGUAAAAUGCUUAACUAAUUGACAGAUUUCAAUUUUAAAAAAAUUAUUACUCAUACACUUCAUCCUGAAAAUAUUCCACCAAAAUAAAAGAUUUUGAAACGUCAUUCUUAAUCAAUAACUAAAUCAUUAAUUGUAAAUGAUGAUGUUCAUCAAAUUGAAAGAUAAAUCUGUUUAUAAAAAUUAGAAUAAGUGAGUAUGAUCAGACUUACAAAUUACAAAUAUUUUCUUUAAUUUUUAAGGUUAUAUGAAUUACUUUCUAUUAAUUAAUAACAUGUCUAUUAAACAACUGACCUUUUUAAUCCAAAUAAAUCUAAAUUUUUAAUGUAAUGCUUUAUUUUAAUUAAAACUCAUAUAGAACUUUGUAAUAAUCUGUAUUGUUUUUGUCGAGGAUAUUGGGGAGAAAAAAAAUAAACUCUCUCUUUAAAUAUGGAAAAAUAAGAUAUGAAAGUAUUCUCAGAUUAUACUUGCAGAGGCUUAACAAUUUCAAUCGAUCUUAUUGAUAGAUAUAUUAGAUAUUACAUUAAACUAAUUCUGAAUAUAGAAAUUUAUGUCACUCAACCUAAUUUAACAUAUAUAGCAUAACUUCUUACUUUUCUUAGUAAAUCAGAAGAAUCCUUAUAAACUUGGUUAUAAGUUAUGGAGGUUAAAUUAUAAUUGCAAGAGUAAAAAAAGCCAUUUGAUGAAAUCACUACUAAUUUGAUAUUUAGUUAUACUAAAUAUCAAACCUUAUUUAGAGCCUAGUUUUAAUUGAACGAUUAAACUAUUAAGAAGACUAUCUUAUAUGGAGAUUACAGGAAUACAGAAUUGCAGAGAAUACUUUUUAUAUAGAAAUUAAUGUAAAGUUUGGAUGUAAAAAAGAAUUACUUAAUUAAAUUGGGCAAUUCUAAAUAAUCAUUUGAAGAAGUGCAAUAACUUUAUAUCGAGUCCAAUUCUCACUUUCUCUAACUUUAAUUUGAAUUACAGGAAUUUCAUUAUCAAUCAUAAUGCAGAACUUCUUGUUUACUUAUGAUGCUAUAUUAUAUAGAGAUUAGAUGUGAUUACAUACAAUUUUCAAAAUAUAAAAAUGUAUAUAUUUGGUUUCCUAAUUAUUUUAGUAACUUAGAACAAAAGACAUUAAGUUUUUUGAAUUUCCAAUUCUCUCAAAUACUUCUCAAAAUAUUUGUUAUCUAAAAGUAAAUUUAUCUAGAUUUUCUAAACACAAAUGCCGAGGAGAAAUUUUAGGAAGAUCAGAAAAUUCAUAUCAAUUUUUUGGUUUUGAAUCUAAAGAUGAUUUUCUUCGUUAAAGAGUUACUGUUCAUGAAUUAGUUCCUCCUUUAAUAUCAUCUGUACAUAAUACUAUAAUUGAAUUAUUUUUAAUGAGUAAUAGACCAAAUGUAGUUAGAAAAGAACGCUACCUUAUAGCAGAAAAGACUAAUUAAGAAAUAGUUUUUAUUGAAAUGUUUAUUGAUUUAUGCUUUGUUAUAACUGGUACUGAAUUUCCUAUAUAUUGUUUCAUGUAAGAAAUAAAACCAAUAGGAAUUUUCGAAAAUAUAAGAGGCCAUAUAAUUAUAGAUGAUUACGAAAUCAUCCAAGGCAUAAGUUCCUUAGCUUAUUAAUCAUUAUUUCUAGAUUCGCCAAGUGAGAUUUGUAAUAGAGAAAUUUCUGAAUUCUAUGGAGAUUUCACAGAAAUUGCUUAAAAGCUUAAUUAGAUGAUGGAUGGCAAAACUAGUAGAUAUAGAGGUAUGACAUAAUCAAUAGUCAGUUAAUAAGGAUAAUAAUCAAAGGAUACUAAUUCAGUUUACAAUCAUUAUAAAUUGAAAUUAGAAGAUCAAUUAUUUAUUAUGAGUGAAUAAGAUAAAUUCUUUAUAGAUAUGACAGUUACUUUAGCUUAUGGAAUCAUAAAUGGAAAAAUUUCAAAAGUAUUGUUAUUUAAUUAUAUUAUAUUUUAAAUAGUACUAUGUAAUUGAGUUUAAUAAGGUUUAACAAAUUGAUAUCACUGAAAAUAAUGACUCUAAUAAAACCAACAGUUUGAAAAGUAGUAUAAAGUAAUCUCAAUAUACUCAAAGAACUAAUACACUCUACGAUAUUUAAGAUAAUGAAAGGAGGAGUAGUGAAGGAUCUAUUAAAUUAUAAAAAUAUUCUUUUCCCUAAAUUAAUGAACAAUGCAUGACAGUCACUUAAAAUCAAAUGUAAAUUUUAAAAUAAGAAUAAUCUGAUGAUAAAAUUAACAUUUAACCAAAAUAAAUAAGAAAAUCUAAAUUUUUUAAUUUUAAAGGAGUUGCAAGAAAACCUGAUUCUAAUGAAUAAUUUGAUAAUGAUCAUAAUUCAGGAUCUUCAAAUCAUAUAGCUUCAGCAACAUCUUAAAAGUAAUAAUUAGAUCUUCAAAAAUUUCUUUCAAAAGGAAUGUAAUAUUAAGAAUUUUCUAAUUCUAAUCAUGAAAAAAUCAUUUUUGUAUUACAUUUAAUAAAUGCUUUAAUUCUAGGAAUUAUUUUAGUUUUUAUGUUGCUUUACUAAUUGUAAUUUAAAAAUUAAGCAGAAUCGAUAAUUCCAACUAUAUAAAUUUUACAAGCUUUUAUAACUACUGAUUAUACUGACAAUAUCUAAUUGUCUUUAAUGUAGAAUAAAUUAUCAGAGUAAAAUUUACAGGAUUAAUAUUAUUAACAUUUAUAGAGAUUAUUAGUAAAAGAUGCAAAAAACUAUUUGCUUUACCAAAAGAAUUACUUUUUAAAUUAAUAGAUUUAAAAUGUUUUUAGUUAAACUGAAGUAAAGCAUGAGAAUGAUUAGGAUACAAGUGCUUGGAAUGCAGCAUUUUAUAUUUUAUAUAAUUAACUUGACUUCAUAUAAGAUCAGAACUAAUAUUAAAAUAGUUAAUUACCCACAUAUUUAAAUCUACUCAUUGAUUUUCCAUAUCACAAAUUAACCUAUGAAAGCAUUAAUAAAUAAUUUAGUGAAUAUGUGAUGUUAUCUAUUGAUAAUUUUUCUGAGUCUUAAAAAGCACUCAUAAUAAUCCUUAUCGUCUUGAGUGUUAUUCUCUCAUUUAUCUCUUUAAUUGUGUAUCAAAAUUAUUUCAAAUAUAUGAAAAAGAUAACCAGAUGUAGCGAAUAAGUACAAUUGGAUGCUUUAGAAUCAGAAAUAAAUAUAUGUGCCACGAUUUUAACAAACAAAUAAGUAUGUACUUUCUAUUAUAUUAUCUAUAGAAAUUAUGUCUUUAUGAUUAUAAAAUGGAUUUUACUGCUAAUUUUGAAUUUCGUUAACAUCAAGAAGGGCAAACUCAUUUUUCUAGUUAUAAAAUAAUUAAUGGUUUAUAAAACAAUACAAAACGUUCUCUCAAUUUUACAGAUGGAAUAUCAUUAAAAAGAGCUUUAAGCUUUUUAUAUCCUUUAUUUUGCUUAUCAAUAGCAUUAAUUUAUUUGGGAUUGACAUAUUUAGAUACAGAAAAUAUUAUGUCUGGUUUAUAAAAAGAUAUAUUAAUUUAUAAUCAAGGUAUUAAAUUUUAAGAAUAAUUUUCCCUAUUAUGCAUUAGUAGUAUAUUGUAAGAGAACAAAGAUUAUAUUUUGAAAAAGAAUUACAUCUAGGAAGAUUAAUUGCAAAAAUAUUAUGACUUCAUAUAGCCUUCAAUUAGUUAAGUUUAAUUACUGAGUAAAAGCAUUCGACUUCCAACAGGUAUCAGGAGUACUGAAGUGAUAGGUUCUUUAUCUAUUAAUAUCUGUACUAUUUUUGAAGAUUAGAUAGAUGUUCAAUUGUGUGAAAAAUUAGAUUAAGGAUUAUUACAGAAUGGAGUUUUGGAAUCUACAUAAUUUUAUAUAAUACAAUAUAGAAACAAUUUUGAGCGUAAUUAUUAAGACAGCUUAGAUUAUAGUACACCUGAAGAUAUUGUUUCAAUAAAUUUCAUUAUUAAGGGAAUCACAAAUUAUAUAAACAAAUCGAAAUUACAUUUAGAAAUCUAUAUAGAAGAUCAAAUUGAUAUCAAGAUGAAUUGGUUUAUCUUCAUUUUUACUUUAACAAUUAUUUUGUAAAUUAUCCUAUCAUUGUUAAUUACAUCAAAUUUAAAAUUGAGAUUACGUUCUUUAAAAUAAAUGAUAUAUUUAUUACCUAGAGAUACAUUAUAUGCAAAUGAUAGUUUUAUGAAAACACUCAAUUAUGUGCAAAGACAUCAAAAUGAUUUAUGUUAAUGA